CCCCCCCUGGCAACCCCAUCACACAGAGUCCUGCUCUGCCCCUAAAGAUAAACAAAGCCAAGUAAUUCUGCUCCUGCUGGCAGCACUAUCUCAUAGAUUACCUCUGUCUGAGUAGCCCUGUAGCUGUAGCAGUCCUGUGUCUGUAGCAGCCUGGGGCAGGGCAUCACUCUGCCCAAGGCAGGACCCCACCCAUGAACAGCGACGACGUGUUUCCAUAUAGCCCUCCACCUCCCUCUUCUGGCCAGUAUGACUGGAGCAGGCCUAGUAUCAGGAAAAGGCAGCAUGCACAGGAGCGUGCAGGCAGCUUUAAGGAGGCGGGGAAGACAAUGUUGGAGAAGACUAAGAAGGUGUUCAGGAUUCGUAACACUGCCAUAAGGAAGUUGCUGGCAGAAGCACUGGGAACAUUCAUUGUCAUGGUUUUUGGCUUGUCCUCUGUGGCACAAGUGGUAUUGGGAAAAGGAAACAAUGGUGAAUAUCUGAGCAUCAAUAUGGCAUUUGGCAUUGGCGUUACCUUGGGCAUCUAUGCAGCUGGAGGAGUAUCUGGAGCUCAUCUGAAUGCUGCCGUCACCAUUACACAAUGUGUUUUAGGAAACAUCUCCUGGACAACGGCUGUAACUUAUAUAAUCGGCCAGUUCCUGGGCUCCUUUAUAGCAGCAGCCACCGUCUUUGCUCUCUACUAUGAUGCUAUCUAUGACUACAGCAAUGGGAACUUUACAGUGUCAGGACCAAAGGCCACAGCGAUGAUCUUCUCUACGUACCCUGCUCCCAAUGUAUCCUUGCAGGGAGCCUUCUUCACAGAGUUUACAGCAACAGUUAUGCUGAUCCUGGGUGUUCUAGUCAUCCAUGACGAGAAAAACAACGCAGCCAUCAAAUGUGCUCAGCCCAUGCUCACGGGUAUGCUGGUCCUGGGCAUUGGUCUGGGAAUGGGGCUGAACACAGGCUAUGCCAUAAACCCCUCCAGGGACCUGCCCCCCCGGAUCUUCACGGCAAUUGCUGGCUGGGGAACGGCCGUCUUCACGGGUGACCAUUCCUGGUGGUGGGUCCCAGUCACAGCUCCAAUUCUGGGAAGUCUUUUUGGUGUUUUCAUCUACAAACUCUGCAUUGAUUUUCACAACCAACCCAGCCAUGAAACUGAACAUGAGAAAGAACAGGCAGGCGUGGAGACUUCCAGACUGUGAUGGUCAUGUGCUGUGACGACACAUGUGAAGGGCAUAUCUGUUUGUGCACCAUGCAGGUGGACAGAUGAGGGACUAGAUUUCAGUAAAACUACUCUGCUUAAACAGAUAAA